AUGUAUGCAAGUGAGUUCAAAGCCAGAAUGACCACCGCAAGUCAAGCUAAUUUGUCGCCACUAGUCUCAAACCAUUGUGCGACUUUCUUACUGGUGAGUACUCUGGUUUCUCCUAGGACUUCAGCUGAAAAACUGUUCAGUCACCAAAUCAAUAUCUACAAUCAUUCCCUGGGCAGAGUCAAGAGGACUAUCUUGGCUACCAUGAGACGCCCCGCUUUGGGUGAGUUACACCAAAAGGUGAUUCACAGGGAAGGUUGCUGGUUACUCUAUGCUGGAGAGUGGCUCUAUCUUUCUGCAGUUACCUUACUCAAAUGCGAAGUGGAAAUUAGAACAACUCGACUCAAAUGUAUAUCGACGGAUGGGCACUUGUGGGAAGAGAAGAAAACCGAUCCAUUCACUCAGGUGACCGAAACCUUGGCCCAAUAA